CGUCGCAUGUCAGUGACUGAUAAUGGGGGUAUCAAAUAUCCGGAGACGAUGGAGGGUGGGCGGCCUAAACUGGGUGGCUUGAUGGAUCCAAGGCAGGGAGUUGUCGACCGGGCAUCCAGGUGCCAGACUUGUGCUGGAAACAUGACUGAAUGCCCGGGUCACUUUGGACACAUCGAACUGGCCAAACCAGUGUUCCAUGUGGCCUUCCUGACGAAAAUUGUCAAGAUUCUCAGAUGUGUUUGCUUCUUCUGUUCCAAGCUGAUGAUGGAUCCUGCUCACCCAAAAAUGAAAGACGUAAUCAGCAAGUCCAAGGGUUACCCACAGAAACGUCUGGCACACGUGUAUAAUUUGUGUAAGGGCCGAAAAAUAUGUGAGGGAGGCGAUGAAAUGGAAAAAAAGAAGGAUGACAUGGGAGAGGAGAACGGCGAUCGUCCGGAAGACGGUCAAAAGGGUCAUGGUGGUUGUGGGCGGUUCCAACCAAACCUGAAGAGGAUUGGCUUGCAGCUGAUUGCAGAGUGGAAGCACGUCAAUGAGGAGUCACAGGAGCGUAAAAUCAAUGUCUCAGCUGAGAGAGUACUAGAGAUUUUCAAGCGUAUCACAGACGAGGAGUGUAUCGUGAUGGGCAUGGACCCCAAGUUCGCCCGGCCUGACUGGAUGAUAGUGACAGUGUUUCCUGUGCCUCCACUUCCGGUCCGACCUGCCGUGGUUAUGUUUGGCAGUGCCAGGAAUCAGGAUGACUUGACACACAAGCUCUCGGAUAUCGUCAAAGCAAACAACCAGCUGCGCAGGAAUGAGCAGAAUGGUGCCGCAGCCCACAUUAUCCUCGAAGACACACAGAUGCUGCAGUAUCACUGUGCCACCCUGGUGGAUAAUGAGUUGCCAGGCCUUCCAAAGGCAACCCAGAAAUCGGGUCGGCCCUUGAAAUCUGUGAAACAGAGGCUGAAGGGCAAGGAGGGCAGAGUUCGUGGUAACCUUAUGGGUAAACGAGUGGACUUCUCGGCCAGAACUGUCAUCACACCAGAUCCCAAUUUGAGGGUAGAUCAAGUCGGAGUUCCCAGGACCAUUGCUCAGAACAUGACGUUCCCAGAGUUGGUCACACCGUUUAACAUAGAUCGCAUGCAGAACUUGGUGAGAAGGGGAGCAAAUCAGUACCCUGGUGCCAAGUACAUUGUGAGGGACAAUGGUGAGCGUAUUGACCUGCGUUAUCACCCCAAAGCUAGUGACAUACAUCUGCAGAUCGGCUACAAGGUGGAGAGACACAUGGUGGACAAUGAUGUGGUGGUGUUCAACCGACAACCUACACUUCACAAGAUGAGUAUGAUGUGUCACAGAGUCAAGGUCUUGCCAUGGUCUACCUUCCGGCUUAAUUUGAGUGUGACAACACCUUACAAUGCUGACUUUGAUGGUGACGAGAUGAAUCUGCAUCUGCCCCAAUCUCUGGAGACCAGAGCUGAGAUCUACAACCUGGCAUGUGUCCCACGUAUGAUCAUCACACCCCAGGCCAACCGGCCUGUCAUGGGUAUUGUGCAGGAUACGCUGUGUGCCGUGAGAAAGAUGACCAAAAGGGAUGUUUUUAUAGACAGGGCCCAAAUGAUGAAGCUACUGAUGUUUCUGCCCACUUGGGAUGGACGUAUGCCACAGCCAGCUAUCCUAAAACCAAUGCCUCUGUGGACAGGGAAACAACUGUUCUCUCUCAUCAUCCCUGGCAGAGUCAACUGUGUCCGGACACACUCCACCCAUCCGGAUGCUGAAGACAGUGGUCCAUACAAAUGGAUCUCUCCCGGAGAUACAAGAGUUCUUAUCGAAGAUGCCGAGCUCAUCAGUGGUAUCAUCUGUAAGAAGACCCUGGGUACGUCGGCUGGCUCUCUGGUCCACAUUAUCUUCUUGGAGCUGGGUCACGAAAUUGCCGGCGAGUUCUACGGCAACAUCCAGACUGUGGUCAACAACUGGCUGCUCCUGGAGGGUCACAGUAUUGGUAUUGGGGACACCAUUGCCGACCAGCAGACUUACCAGGACAUCCAGGAGACUAUCAGGAAUGCCAAAAAUGAUGUGAUAGAUGUCAUUGAGAAGGCCCACAAUGAUGAACUGGAACCGACCCCAGGUAACACCUUGAGGCAGACCUUUGAGAACCAGGUAAACAGAAUCCUGAACGCUGCCAGAGACAAGACUGGUAGCAAGGCCCAGCAGUCACUCUCAGAAUUCAACAACUUCAAGGCUAUGGUCGUCUCAGGAUCUAAAGGCUCCAAGAUUAACAUUUCUCAGGUUAUUGCUUGUGUGGGGCAGCAGAACGUUGAAGGUAAACGAAUCCCCUUCGGCUUCAGAUACCGCACGCUGCCUCAUUUCAUCAAGGAUGAUUAUGGUCCUGAAUCCAGAGGCUUUGUGGAGAACUCCUACCUUGCCGGACUGACCCCUUCCGAAUUUUACUUCCACGCUAUGGGUGGUCGUGAGGGUCUUAUUGAUACUGCCGUGAAAACUGCCGAAACUGGUUACAUUCAGCGGCGUCUCAUCAAGGCUAUGGAAAGUGUUAUGGUCAAGUACGACGGCACAGUCAGAAACCAGGUGGAGCAGCUUGUCCAGCUGCGUUACGGAGAGGACGGGCUCGAUGCAGUCUGGGUCGAGUUUCAGUCACUGCCUACACUCAAGCCAGCUGACAAGGCCUUUGAGAAACGGUUCCGCUUCGAUGCCACUAAUGAGAGAUCUAUGAGAAGACAUCUCAGUGAAGAAGUCAUCAAAGAUUUGAUGGGAGAUGCCAGCCUCAUGGCUGAGUUGGAGAAGGAAUGGGAGCAGAUGCAAGAGGACAGGUCUAACAUCCGCCAGGUGUUCUCCACUGGUGAUGCCCGUAUUGUGCUGCCCUGUAAUAUGGAGAGGAUCAUGUGGAAUGCCCAGAAGAUCUUCCGCAUUGAUAAACGGAAACCGUCAGAUCUGCACCCGUUGAAAGUCAUUGAAGGUGUUAGGGAUCUGUGCCGGAAGCUUGUGAUUGUGGUGGGCGAGGAUCGCAUCUCCUACCAGGCCAAUGAGAAUGCCACUCUGCUGAUGAAGACACUGAUCAGGUCGACUCUGUGCACCAAACGUGUGGCGGAGGAACACUGCCUGACAGCGGAGGCAUUUGAAUGGGUGCUUGGUGAGAUUGAGACCAAGUUUCAACAGGCCAUGGCACAUCCAGGAGAGAUGGUUGGUGCCCUAGCUGCUCAGUCCCUCGGAGAACCUGCCACUCAGAUGACCCUUAACACUUUCCACUACGCCGGUGUGUCGGCCAAGAACGUCACACUCGGUGUGCCCCGUCUCAAGGAGAUUAUCAACAUCUCCAAGAAGCCCAAGACCCCAUCUCUGACAGUGUAUCUGCUGGGCCAGGCAGCCCGAGAUGCAGAGAGGUGCAAGGAUGUCUUGUGUAGGCUGGAACACACGACUCUCCGCAGGGUGACUGCAAACACUGCCAUCUACUAUGAUCCUGACCCUAUGAACACAGUCAUCGCGGAAGACCAGGAGUGGGUGAGCAUCUAUUAUGAGAUGCCAGAUUUUGAUGCCUCCCGUAUCUCUCCAUGGCUUCUUCGUAUUGAGCUGGACCGCAAGCGUAUGACAGACAAGAAGCUAACUAUGGAACAGAUCUCUGAAAAAAUCCAGGCUGGGUUUGGCGAUGACCUCAACUGUAUCUUUAAUGAUGAUAAUGCAGAGAAGCUGGUCUUGAGAAUCCGGAUCAUGAAUUCUGAUGACAACAAAUUUCAGGAUCAAGAGGAGGUGGUUGACAAGAUGGAGGACGACGUGUUCCUGCGAUGCAUAGAGGCUAAUCUGUUGUCAGACAUGAGCUUGCAGGGAAUUGAAGCAAUUGCUAAAGUGUACAUGCAUUUGCCAACCACGGAUGACAAGAGGCGAAUCCACAUCACAGAAGAGGGAGAGUUCAAGGCUGUCAGUGAGUGGAUUCUGGAGACAGACGGCACCAGUCUGACAAAAGUGUUGAGUGAAAGAGAUGUUGACCCAGUCAGGACAUACACUAACGAUAUCAUUGAAGUGUUUGAUACUCUGGGUAUUGAGGCCGUCCGAAAGGCUAUUGAGAGAGAGAUGAACCACGUCAUUUCUUUUGACGGUUCAUACGUCAACUAUCGGCACUUGGCCUUGCUUUGUGACGUUAUGACAUCCAAGGGUCACUUGAUGGCUAUCACUCGUCACGGCAUCAACAGGCAAGAGACUGGUGCCCUGGCCAGAUGCUCCUUUGAAGAAACGGUGGAUAUCCUCAUGGAAGCAGCUGCUCAUGCAGAGGUGGACCCCAUGAAAGGUGUGUCGGAGAACAUUAUGCUGGGGCAACUGGCCAAGAUCGGUACUGGUUGCUUUGAGCUUCUACUGGAUGCUGAGAAAUGUAAAUUUGGUAUGGAGAUACCAGUCAACAUAGGUGCUGGCAUUAUGGGAGAUGCAGGAUCAGGCAUGUUCUACGGAACAGGAGGAUCCCCUACCAGCUCCAUGUCCCCACAGAUGACACCUUGGGGCCAGGUAGGCACGCCUGGUUACAGCGCCUGGUCACCAGGAGUGGGCAGCGGUAUGACCCCCGGAGCAGCGGGCUUCUCUCCCUCAGCAGCCAGCGAAGCUGGAUUCUCACCGGGCUACUCGCCCGCUUGGUCACCACAGCCUGGAUCACCGGGAUCUCCUGGUCCACCCUACAUUCCUUCACCGCAUGGGGCUCAGUCUCCGAGCUACUCGCCGGCCUCACCUGCGUACAUGCCCAGCUCGCCAGCUAUAGCCACUCCUCAGAGCCCCAGCUAUUCGCCAGCUUCGCCAUCGUACUCUCCAUCAAGCCCUGGAUAUUCCCCAGCGAGCCCCAAGUACUCGCCGACGUCACCGUCAUAUUCUCCGACAAGCCCAUCUUAUUCCCCAACGUCACCAUCCUACUCCCCAACCUCGCCAUCCUACUCCCCAACCUCACCAUCCUACUCCCCAACUUCUCCUAGCUACAGCCCCACAAGUCCAUCAUACUCCCCAACGUCACCAUCUUACUCCCCUACUAGCCCAUCUUACUCCCCGACUUCACCAUCCUACUCGCCAACCUCUCCAUCUUACUCACCAACAUCCCCAUCCUACUCGCCAACUUCGCCAUCCUACUCCCCGACCUCUCCAUCAUAUUCACCCACUUCUCCCUCCUACUCCCCAACAUCACCGUCUUACUCCCCAACAUCACCGUCAUAUUCUCCCACAAGCCCUGGAUACAGCCCUACAAGCCCAUCCUACUCUCCCUCGUCCCCUAACUAUUCCCCGGCAUCACCAUCCUAUUCCCCGACCUCUCCAUCCUAUUCUCCAGCUUCACCCUCUUACUCCCCAUCUUCCCCUUCCUACUCCCCAUCAUCUCCUUCUUACUCCCCAGCAUCACCAAACUACUCCCCAUCUUCUCCAUCUUAUUCUCCAUCAUCCCCCAAGUACAGCCCGUCAUCCCCGACCUACUCCCCAACAUCUCCCUCUUAUUCUCCAACCUCGCCACAGUACUCUCCCAGCUCACCGAAAUAUUCCCCACCAUCUCCCCAGUAUUCGCCAUCUUCGUCCCGCUACUCCCCAGCCUCUCCUUCAUAUUCCCCAUCCUCCCCCAAGUACUCCCCAUCUGUCCCCACCUACAGCCCAGCUGCUGCAGAUUAUUCCCCAUCUUCUCCCCAGUAUUCCCCCACUUCCCCAUCGUAUUCCCCCUCCUCCCCAAAUUACUCUCCAACAUCACCCAGCUACUCCCCAUCAUCACCAAACUAUUCUCCUACCUCCCCAACGCCAUCCCCUGCCUCUCCAGGCUACUCCCCCAGCAGCCCGACCUACUCCCCCAACACGCCUCACUACAGCCCUUCUAGCCCCCAGUAUGGCACAGAUCUGGAAGAUGAAGACCAGUCUUAA